AUGACUGUCAGCAUACCCAACGAAAUAGUCCUUGAAAUACUUGGUCAUUUGGUCGAGCUAUUCGGAUUUAAAGAACUUUUUCACGUACGUUAUACCUGCAAACAGUGGAAUUCACUCAUACACGUGACAAUUAAUGAUCAAAUCUCUCAAAAAUAUAAGAAUGGAUGGAGCGUGGAGGUUCGCGCUCAUGAUCUAAGGAUAAUGCACUAUGCAAAAAUGAACGCCGGAAGUCCAACCUACAAUGACAAAAAACGUGCAAUCUAUUUUACCGAAAUGAACUUGGCGAUCCCCAGAAAUUUGUUUGUCGACUUUCUAAUUUUCCAAAUGGUAUGGAUGGGUGAUUGUAAACUCCACUUUGAGAAAAUAACUCUAAAUAUUCAAGAACUCCAAAACAAAGUAGCUAGCAAGCAAUCUCCGUUAAAUAUUAAAGAUCAACGUCAGCAAAAAAUAAAGUAUCAUAAGGUGAAAUCUAGAUAUGGCAAAAUUUGUUUCAAGAUAGAUGAAAAAGAAAGGAACGUUAGGAUUAUUAAAUGGAAGAUGAAUGCAAGAUAUGUGCUGUGUCAUUUAGAUAUGAUGAAUCCGGAAUUUUUGAUUGAUUUAUAUACUUAG